AUGGAUUCAGAAACAGAACAUCUUGUGCUGCCGACCCAAAGCAACCGGCGCCACCCAUAUUUAUCAGGGAACUUUGCACCAAUCAACAAGACAACCUCACUGACGCCGUGUACAUACUCGGGCUCUGUCCCCCUUGACUUGGGUGGCGGGCAGUACGUUCGAAAUGGCGGCAACCCCGUCACAAACGACGAUCUCGGCCGGGAUGCUCACUGGUUUGACGGCGACGGGAUGCUGAGUGGCGUGCUGUUUCGAAGGACUGGGGAGAAGGGCACCGCGAUACAGCCAGAGUUUGUCAACCAAUUCCUGCUUACGGAUGUGUAUGCCUACGCCAGGCGAAGAGCUGGACCCGUUGGCGAGCAUGAUGGAAUCCUGAGCCGACCUGUUCUCCCCAGCAUCGCAACGUUGGUCAAUCCAGCCUUGGGUUUCUUCACAAUCCUGUGGGCCAUCCUCAGAACCAUGAUUCUGGUUCUCAUGUCGCAUCUGUCGAUCAAGGCACCAAAGAUGAUGCACGACUUCGGCGCGUCUCGAAACCACACGGUCAUCCUCGACCUUCCGCUGACACUCGACCCGAGCAACCUCGCCCGAGGCGUCCCCGUGCUUUCAUACGACUCACGGGGCAAGGCGCGCUACGGUGUCUUCCCGCGAUAUCGACCUGAUCUCGUACAAUGGUUUGAGACGAAUCCGUGUGUCAUCUUCCACACGGCCAACUGCUGGGAUACCGUCACGCACACCGGAGAGAUGAAUGGUGCCAAUUUACAACAGACAUCUGUCAACUUGCUGGCUUGCAGGCUGACAUCCGCUUCGUUGGUAUUCAGCACGGGAAACCUGCCCACUCCAGAUGUCAAACCUGUUCCGCCAGAGUAUGCAGAAGAGGAGCAGUGUAGGCUGUAUUACUACAACUUCCCCUUGUCCGCAAAUGACGGCACGGACGUACCUGGCCAUCGCAUCCGGCACCAGUGGGCCUUGUCUGCCAUUUCCUUCGAAUUUCCCACUCUUUCUCCGAAUCACUCCAUGACCGAGGCACGUUACGUGUAUGGGUGCUCAACAGGAUCUGCAUCAUAUACCGUUGCCCUGGGAAAAGCGGCCAAGAUUGACUACCUCGCAAAGAUCGACGUCAAAACGCUUAUCGAGCGUGGUGUCCAGCAACCCCCACAGCCUAUUAAGGGCUGCGUGGACACUCGUACUGUCGCCGAGAUCAGAGAGAGCUGUGACCCCAACGACCCCAUCAAGCUAUUCGAGAUGCCCGACGGUUGGUUUGCGCAGGAGCCCCGCUUCGUUCCUCGGAGGGAAAGUGAGCGGAAGAGCGAGGAUGACGGAUGGCUAUUGACGUACGUGUUCGACGAGAGCCAGCUGGGCCCGGAUGGCGAGUGCGACGAGGACGCAGUCAGCGAGCUGUGGAUUAUCGACGCCAAAACAAUGAAGGACGUCGUUGCAAGAGUGAAGCUGCCGCAACGGGUGCCGUAUGGGUUACAUGGGUCCUGGUUUUCUGAGGAGGAGAUCAAGGAGCAAAGGCCGUUUACUGCAUUGAGAACGCUGGCGGACCAGGAAGGAAGUGCAUUGUCCAGGAGUUUUCAAGCCAUGAUUGAGCGUUGGAUUGGAUAA